AUGAAUACUACAGCGUCCUCCAUACUCGCACCACCUAAUCCAAAUGUAAACCAGCCGCCUGUGUCGUCGCCCUCCCCGUCUUCAUACACCCCCCUCGAACAAUUAUUGCUCUUCCAAGCACUUUUGGAAUUUGGCACGCGCGAGGUGGAUUUUGUUCGCAUCUCGGGUCUCUUAACCAACAACAAUCUAGUGAUAGGAUCAAACACGUACGAUGCAAAACGAUUGAGCGUGGAGGCGUUGAGUCAUCUGUACGUGCGAUUAUUAUACGACGAGAUCAGGAGGGAGUGGCAGGAGCAGGAGGUUCAGGAAGAUGGCACGCAGUCUGGAUCGAAGAAGCGCAAGCUGCCGAAUCCAUCAUUUAAGGAUAUUCAGCAGUACACCGAAAAACUACCGGUACUCGUGGACAAAUUGUACACACGAUAUCGGGAUUGUAUGAUAGCAGAAAUACGAGAGGAAGAACGUAACUAUGCUCGGAUUCAGAGGGAAAUUGCCGAGAUCGAGAGAGGAGAAUGGGAUGAGAGAAUAUUGAGACAGGAACGUGAAGAGCGAGAGAUUGCAAUUAGGAAUGGAAUAAUAUCAGCUGCACCACCUCAACAAAAGUCGAAUGGAACUGCUCCUAUAUUACCUACGGCUGUACCAGCACCAACAACUCAAUCCCAACCAAAACCUAAGCCCUUGGAAAUAUCAAGACCUCAGGUUGUGAUUAGAUCCUCUCCUGUUCCCGUGUUGGCUCCAGCGAAAGCAUCUCCAAAAAUUUCACCUUCUCCUCGAAACGAAGGAAAACCAGAAGGAUUGGCAAUUACAGAUGUAUUGAAUUCACGUCCCAUUUCUCCUGUUCCUCCACCUACGACUCACUCACCAGAUACUCGAGUCCAAAAUGGAAAUCAAGUCGUUCGUCCUCCUGUAGAGAAUGCACAACGAACCUCAAAUAAUGGACAACUUCAAUAUCCUCAGCAACCACCAACUCCUUUGCAACCCCCACCAGGGCUACAACACCCAGGGGCAAACGUGUGGAAAUGGGAGCCACCAUUUGGACCAAAUCAACAACAGCAUCCUCAAUAUCAAUCUCCAAGCCCUCAACAGCAGCAAUUCCAAUCUCAGCCGCAACCUCAAUACCCCCCUCAAUUUCAUUCCCCAUCACAAACCCAUCAACAACUUCCGCAAUAUCCUUUACAGGGCCAACCCCCACACUUCAACACGCCACAGUAUCAAGAACGACAUCGCCCACCACCAUUUUCGGCACAGCAUGGCUUGCCUUCUCCUCGUCCUCAUGUCCCAUCAUCUCCCUCUCCUCUAAGUGCCCAACAUCCACAUGGAAUACUUCUCCCUCCUCCAAAUGGCAUGCGCCAGUCUCCUGGUUCGCCAGCAUUACCGCUGGACGCUUUGGCGGACAUGGCCGGCCAGCAACAUUAUCGACCUCAAUCCGGGUCACCAAUGACUCCACAAAUGCAAGGUCCUCCUCCAAAUUACCCUAUGCAAUAUCAGCAGCAGCAAAGACCUCAUCCACCCCAAAAUGGCGGCCCCUCACAUGUCCAACCAUUUCAAAGUCCUCAAUAUCAAGUGGCAUCUACCCCAUAUCCUCCCCAAUUUCAAUCCCCUGAUACCAGGGGACAAUACUCUAAUCCGGCAGGUUUUGCACCUCCAAAUACUGGUCCAUACAACUCUCCCUAUAACGCCAGCCAAGGACCAAAGCCCAUGGCUCCCAUCGUCCUUCAAAACUCCGCACCAAAACCUCGUCCUAUGCUACCAAACACCCCAGCAUCUCAAGGUGUGCGGCAGUUCAAGACUGGAAGUGGUACUAAAUGGACUCCAACUCCGACAUCGUCCACUCCAAGACCUAACAAGAUUGUUCUGCCUCCUACCGUGGAGCCAUUGAGUCCUGUGUUGGCCCCAGCAAAACCACCUCUAGUCGUAGCCCCCAUAGCGAAAAAGCCACCACUGAAGAAAGAACUCAACAAGUCAGAAUCCUUGAAAAUUACCAAGAUACCUAAAACGGCUGCUCAACGAAAGAGAGCGGGCAGCACAGCUUCAUCGGUCGUCGCAAGCUCUCAAAGGAGUCCAUCAGUUGCAACGAUUGCGUCGCGUGGGGAUGAUUUGCAGCAUGUCAAGGAAGAAGUUGCUACUCCUGUUGGUGGCGUUGGUGAUGUGGACGAAGCAGACGAGUCAUCAUUCACACAUCCCCAAUCUACGCCAGUCAUAUCACAGGGUCAAAUUGGCAAGCGCAAGCGUGAUGUCAGUAAUAUUUUUGAAUCGCGUACUCCCUCUACACCACCUACUCAUGUUCUCUGGACUCGAGGUUUCCCAAAGAUAUCUGCAUCGGCUCUUGAGUCGGUCUCUGGUCACAGAAAUGCUAGCACAUUUGCAGCACCUGUCAAGGAAAAGGACGCUCCUGGUUAUUCUAGUAGGGUCCUUCGACCACAGGAUUUGAAAAGUAUCCGUUCCGCUAUCAAUGCCGGACACAGAGCAGCGACUGCGGCCGCACCAGCCGAUAUGAAUAGCUCCGCCGUCAACGUAUGGCUUCCCAUCUCCGAAGAACUCGUCCCACCAAAAGGAAUUAUUAACAAUGCUCAACUUGAAAAGGAACUGAUGCGUAUGUUUGCAAACGCCAUCAUGUACAAUCCCGAUCCCGAUGCGGGCUUUGGUAGAAGACUCCAAGAUAAAGGAAAGCCGGCACCAGCAGGCGAUGUCCUCGGCUACGAGAUUGACGUCGAUGGUGUGGUGAAAGAUACCCGGUCCAUGUUUGCGGAUGUGGAGAAGAUCAUUAGUAAUAUGCGCAGUGCCGAGAGACGAAGUGAGGAGUUGAGAGAGGCUAGUCUUGCGGCGACGGGUGGGGCAGGUGGGAACGCGGAUGAGGAUGAUGAGGAAGGGGAUGGAGAUGCGAGUUCCGUUACGGGGAGCGUGGCGAAGAGACGACGGAAGGGUUAG